AUGCUUAUCUGGCGCAGACAGGUUCAGGACCUCCAGAGUCAAAUUGCUGAGUUGACCCACGUAAACUCGCAGCUCCGAACAAGGGUAGCAGACCAGAGUCCCAUGGACUCGGAGCGAACGGAUAUGAAGCGCAGGUACUCCCAAAUACACGCUGGCGUCACCCAAAUCCCACGGCGCGUGUCUGUUCCCGUCCUGGACAACUUUGAUCGCGUCCGCGACAACAUCAGAGAGCAUGCUCACGGCGUCUUCAGUACCCCCCAUCAAGACUACCUGCGCACUGCAGAGCCUGAUUGGCCGCUGCCUCGAUUACCUCUGCAUGCUGACUAUGCCUAUUCUUCUCGCUCCUUCCUUGACACGAUACACGGCCUGUAUCCUGCAUUGCACUGGCCCACAUUUCAGCACAAGGUUGACCAAGUUUAUGCCGCGCGGACCUUUGACGGUUGCUCUCGCGCAUGGAUUGGCUUGUUCUUUGCAGUACUGGCCUGUGGUUCUCUGCGCCGCAGAUCCGACUACAGAGUCUCUCCAGGGAUGCCAGAAGAAGGCCAGGCCAUGUUUGACACUGCCUCUUCUGCUCUUCAGCCUUGGCCCCAACAUCUCACCAUGGUCCAUGCUCAAGCGGCUCUCUUGAUGAGUAUAUUCGCAACCGAGAGCAAUCAACGCUCUCUCGGCUCCAUCUGGCUUGCAUCUGCAGUAAGGAUUGUACACGAGUUACAGAUUAGCCCUGAACUCGACUGCUGGUCUGCAUUUGAUGCCGAGGUUAGACGUAGACUUUGGUGGUCCGUCUACGUCCGUGACCGCAUGGUUUCCCUCGAGACGAAUCGGCCAAUGCUUAUCAACGAGAACGAUUGCGAGCUGUCGCUUCCGACAUCGGUAGACGACCGCUACAUUCAGCCUAACGAGGCCUUUGGGCCCUUUACAAAAGCAACUCACUUCAACGAUUUCGUGGCUACCAUACACAUGACACGCCUCUACGCGCCGUUGCAGCAGGCACUCAAGUCGAGCACCAUUCUCCCGCAGACAAUGGCAAGCUUUGACGAACAGCUUCGCUCCAAGCUCCUCCUCCUGCCAGAGGCUUACCAGCCAGACUCGAGUGCUAUUUUGGACGCGAAGGCAUUGCCGACCGUGUUUGUUCUACUCUCGGCUCGCUUUCAUCUCUACCGGCGCAACCUCUCACCCGUGUCUGGUGCUGUGGAGCGGGGCAACGCGCUGGAGCGGUGCGUGUCUGUGGCCCAAGACACGGCAAAGUACGUGUCGAGGGUGUCAUGCAACACUUCGAUGCUAGACGCAGCCAAGGCAUGGACAGAGAAUGCGGCGUUGAUUGCGAGCAAUGUGGUAUGCUUGCAUCUGUGGCGAUGCAUUCUGAUACUGUGCUUCCGGGGCGAGUAUGAUGCAGCUUUGGUGUGCUUACACCUGUCGAGGUCUAUUGGCAGUGCACGCAACAUCAAUGCAGGCUGCGGGAGGAACAUGUGCUUUUUUCUAGAGCGGCUAUUUGACCAGGUGCGGAAUAGUGUGGGAGGCAGCAAACAAUUGGAACAGGAUGAGGAGAUGAUUGCCUACCUGAGUGCUGACACGCAGGGUAGUCUAGAGCAUUCUUGGGUCUGGGCAGGAUCGAAUAUGGCGCCAUCAGGGUACAGACAGGAUGCGCUGCCUGGCAUGACAAGGUCACCAGCAGGCGAAGAAGCGAUGCGAGAGGCGCCAUUGUCACGAGGGCCAUUUGGUGCAGGAUUGAAUGGAAGCGCAGAAUGGGACGACUGGGGCCGGGUGGAGGGCCUGGUGCGGCAAUUGGUGGACGAGCGUCUCUACCGAGCUACACAGGGACCGACUUACUAUCCACCCCCACACAAUCCCGUCAAGCGAGUGCAACUUGCGUCGGACACGUAUUCGCCGCCAAAAGCUGCGUCGGAGCCCAGCCCAGCCCCCUCGAGCACCAGUCGUAUCAGCAUAGCGAAUAUUAUCUGA